AUGGACUACGCGGGGCUCGCAGAGUCGGCGGCUGACAAGAUGGGGCUGUACCGGCGGGACGCGGACGGCUGGCGGAGCUGCCGCCGCACGAACGAGGUCGCGGUGUCCUGGAGGCCGUCCGCCGAGUUCGCCGGCAACGUGUACCGCGCCGAGGGCACCGUGGCCGCCCGCCCGCAGCAGGUCUGGGAGUGCAUCAAGCCGGUGGCCGGAGGGCUCAGGACCCAGUGGGACCAGAACGUGAAGGACUUCGAGGUGGUGGAGGCCGUCAGCGAUGCUGUCUCUGUAUGCAGAACUACAACCCCUUCAGCUUUCAUGAAGAUUAUUUCACCAAGAGAAUUUGUGGAUGUGAUCUUAAUGAGGCAAUAUGAGGAUGGGACGAUGCUAUCUGCUGCUACCAAUGUGGAACACCCACUGUGUCCCCCUCAAGCAAAUUUUGUGAGAGGGUAUAAUUAUCCCUGUGGCUGCUUCUGCAUACCAAUUCCAGGGGAACCAGACAGGACUCAGCUCCUCAGUUUCUUUCAGACCGAUCUUGGUGGCUAUCUUCCCCAGACUGUCGUGGAUUCUUUCUUUCCAGCUAACAUAGCUGGGUUUUACAGCAAUCUGACCAAAGCUGUUAAGGCAUUAAAAGCAUGAUGAGACCAAAUGCUGACAUCACCAGCUGAGCGUAGGAAAUGAACUGGCAGUUUGAGGGUAGUGAUCAUGAGAAGUAGGAAGUUGGCCUGUAACACUUUUCUGCUGACAAAGAUCCUCGGUAAACGUGAAAUUGUUCAAAGUAAUGCAUACUUUUCUUAUAGGAUAUCCUUCAUUUCUAUAAUUAGAAGAUAUCACACCAGAGGCAAGAAGAAUCCUGCAGGCAGCACUGCUGGCUUUGUGUGGGAGACAAGUAUACUAGAUCUGUUCUUCAUCAGAGACUAUGAUUAUAGCAUAAAAUCCACUCUACCAGCAUUAGUCAGGUGCAAGCGAAACAGAGUUUCUCUGAAGCUCUGUGCAGACUCCCAUGGAACAGUGUUCCUUAACAAAUAGGUGGCUCUUCUGAUGCCAGCCCUCACAGAGCUGCUAGGAUGUUUCAGAAAAGUCAGAAUGAAUUGGAUUGUGUGUAGGAUCCCACUUGUUUGUUCCCACAGACAUAGAUAUUUGUGGUAAAUACAAGUUAAGUGCUGCUUUUCCUAAAUCAAAGUCUAGCAAUGCAAAUCAAUUAAUAGGUCUGUGGGUUGGCCUGUAGACACUUUUCUUUCUUCCCCUCUGUACCAUGACAGUCAUUUCCACAGCGUCAAACCAAACUGCGCUGAUAGAGUGGCAAUAAAUAAAGAGGAUUAAGCACUUUA